GUGUGUGUGCGUGUGUGUGUGUGCGUGCGUGUUUGAGUCUCGUGCGCGGUGAGUGGAGGCGGUCAGGUCUCUAAUACAGUAAAUAAUAUUAACAUGAAGCUAAAAAACAGAGCGUUUUAUUACACAGUGUGAACGUUUUCCGUCGGAGAGCGAAACUUAAUCCGGAGGAUUGAAGAAAAAAAAAACAAGAAAAGUCGCUUUUUUCUGUCCAUUUACAAGAACAGAGCGGUAAAGGACAAAGUUUCCUCCACUUCAGUUCAGUUUACCUGAGACAGAGAUCCCACACAGGACUUUAGGAUGUCUCCGUUCAAAGGCUGGAGGUAACCAGAGGAUAUCUGUGUUCCCUCUUCGAUAUGGUCGACUGGACCACUGUUCUUGCGCCAUGUAUCUGGAUUCAGGCCCUCGUGACGUGGGUGGCGUCGGACACCUGCCCCUCUGUGUCCCUGGUUUCCGUCAACUUCUCCGUGUCCUACUCCGUGCCUUCGUUUCAUACCUCCAGCCCAAUCCAGAACAUCGCUGUCAACCAGUAUUACCACGAGGUCUACCUGGGGUCCCGGAACCUCAUCGAGGCGGUAAACAGCACUCUGGGUAAGCUGUGGGAGCUGCGCACCGGACCUGUGGGCAGCAAGGAGUGCCAGCUGUGUCAACUGUGCGACAUUGAGAGCGAUCCGUUCGAGGAGGAUACGGACAGCGAGGUGCUGCUGCUCGACACCUUCCUGAUGUACCUGUACACGUGUGGAAGCUCUCAGUAUGGAGUGUGUUACUUCCACCAGCUCAAUGAAAACGGACGCGCUCCGGCGCCCUCCAAGUGCCUUUUCCGCAAACAAGCCAAUUCCGCCGCGUUCUGCCCGGACUGUAUCGCCAGCCCACUGGGCACCAAGGUCAGCAUGGUGGAGGAGGGGCAGACGGCGUACUUCUAUGUUGCAGCGACCGUCAACGACAGCGUUACGCAGCGGUAUGGCAGGAAGUCCGUCUCGGUGCGGCGCCCUUUAGCUACCGAGGACGGUUUCCACACGGACGUGCAGGGCCUGACGGUGCUGCCCGAGCUGCGGCGGGUCUACCCGAUCGAAUACGUUUACAGCUUUCACACGAAUGACUUUGUCUACUUCCUGUCGGUGCAGAGGGAGAAGGCGGAACCGCAGGGCACGUCACCAUAUCAGACCCGACUCGGACGUCUGCCACGCAACGAAUGGGAAAUGCGGCGCUACCGAGAGGUCGUGCUCGAGUGCCGAUAUGAACCCAAGCGCAGACGCAGGAACUCGGGUGGCGCCGGGACCAGCGAGGCCUUUAAGGACAUCGUGUACAACGUGGUGCAGGCGGCCCACUUCGGCAGGGCCGGCCGCGAGCUAGCCGACGAACUCGGCGCAGAAGAAAACGACGACAUCCUGUACGGAGUUUUCGCCGUCACGGACGACUCGGGUGUCACCGAGCCCGACUCUGCUCUUUGUGCGUUUCCCAUGGACUGGGUGAACAUGUUCAUCGAUCAGGGCGUGGAGGAUUGCUGCAAAUCUGGACCUGAGCAGCUCUCCCGUGGCCUGUGCCACUUUCAGACCUGCGAAAGCUGCCCCCACGAGCAGAGCAUGGAGCAUCAUAUGAGCUGCAGAGAUCAGCCCACUCUGGUGGCCCAGCCAUGUUACAGAGUGGAUCUGUUCAACAGGCAGAUGAGAGACACACUGCUCUCCUCUCUGCUCGUCACCACCAUCGACAACAAAACCCUCGCUCACAUCGGCACGGCCGACGGCAGGCUGCUGCAGUUCGUCUUGCGAAGAUCCAGUCCCAUCAUCUUUGCCAACUAUUCCCUAGCGCAAAACCAGAAGGUCUCAUCCGUCGCUGCUGUGCUUCCUCCGGACCAUCUUCUGUUUGUAGUGGGGAAUAAGAUGAUCCAGGUGCCUCAGAGAGGUCCAGGGUGUCUCCACUUCCUGACCUGUGCUGUGUGUCUGACAGCACCACGCUUUAUGGCUUGUGGCUGGUGUUCCGGACGCUGCACCUGGCAGUCUGAGUGUUCAGGGCACUGGGUCAAAGAUUCCUGCCCACCCGUCAUCACCGACUUCUUCCCCAAGAUGGCGCCCCCUGAUGGACAGACGGAGGUGUUGCUGUGUGGAUUUGAGUUCCAGUCACCCCACAAACCUGACAUCACCACCAGGACUCAUGUGGUGAAGUUUGGAGAAACCAGCUGCUUAGUGCUGCCUCAAAAAAGCAACAGCACAGUGCUGAUGUGUAAGAUUCGUUCAUCAGCAUCGGAGCCUCCGUUUAAACCAAUAAAUGUGACGGUGAGUGUACGUGAGGAUCGAAAGGAGGGGCCUUACUUCAUCAAGGGAGUCGCAGAAAUGCCUGGAUUCACAUUUGUGGUGCCCAACAUCACUGAUGUGCAGCCAGAUUAUGGUCCUAUGAAUGGAGGCACCUUGAUUAACAUCACCGGACCUUUCUUACACUCAGGGAAGACCAGAAAGGUCACGCUGGAUGGUGAAGUCUGUCCUAUCAAAGGUGUGUCUAUACUCCGGGAGACCUUGUCCUCCAUCAUGUGUCUUUCUCAGCGUGUCAGCGAGGUGAAGGACGUGGUGCUCCAAGUCUACAUUGAUAAGUUUCGCAUCGCCACCACCAGAGUAUUCCGCUACAAGGAGACACCCGAGAUCCUCUCCGUCCAGCCUGAUUGCAGCUUCGACAACGGCUCGCGAAUCACUAUCGAAGGGAAAAAUCUGGACUCUGUCUACAGGACCGUCAUCCACUUUAAACCCAAAGAGAGCCACCUGAGACCGGUUUCCACUGAGUGCCAGGGAAAAGCCAAGUCCACCUAUAUGGAGUGUGUGACCCCUGUCUUUCCCAGAGAUGAGACGGAAGAAGGAGAGAUCUCCUUUGACAUGGAUGGAGCUGUGGGUCUGUGGAAGCAGGACUUCUCCUAUCACCCUUAUGGCAGACCCAUUCCCUUUGAGACCGAGGGACAUGUUCUCACACUCUACCCUGGCUUUGAUGAAGUUUCCUUACAUCACCAGAAGCUGAACCUGGUGAACUCCUGCAUGAAGAUCACCAUGACCGUCGGAGGGGUCGACUGUGGAGCCAAGGUUUUGGAUAACGAGAUUACCUGCCGCAUCCCCAAAAACCUCACCAUCCCGAACGAAGGCCUACCUGUGAAGAUUACGGUCAACGGUCAGGUUCAUGACGUGGGCACAGUCAUCCUGGUCAGCAACCAUUAUGUAGUGGGCAUCGUCCUCGGCAUUCUGGGAGCUCUGGUGGCCGGCGCAGUGCUGGCUUAUGUCACUAUGAAACACCUGAGAAAGAAGAAGUCAGAUUCUCUGGCUGAGAGUCGGCUUGCUCACUUUUCCCGUAAUCACAGUCUCUCAGGCAAUGGCAGCAUCGAGCUCCUUCCUCUUGGAGAUUACAGACGAGGUGUGACCAGCGCUCUAGGAGAACAUACCUUGAGUCCAAACUCCACUGUUCCUGUGGUGUUUCCCGGCCUGGCCUACGCCAACGCGCUGGACCCCAGCCUCAACCCGCUCUUACCUUCAGAGAAAAUCUCCAUCUCUAGCUUCCGUCCUGAGCUCCUGGAAGAGGUGAAGGACGUCCUCAUCCCGGCGUCCAUGCUUAAUGUACAGUAUCAUCAGAUCAUCGGGAAAGGUCACUUCGGUACAGUUUACCAUGGUUACCUAACCACUGACCACAACAGCAGGGAAAUCCACUGUGCUGUGAAGUCAUUAAGUAACAGAAUAACGGACGUGGAGGAGGUGGAGCAGUUUUUGAAGGAGGGGAUUCUGAUGAAGGCUUUUCACCACAGUAAUGUGCUUUCUCUGCUUGGCAUCCUGCUACCUCACGAAGGGCUCCCACUAGUGGUGCUGCCCUACAUGAAGCACGGAGACCUGCGUCACUUUAUACGCUGUGAAAACAGGAAUCCCACAGUGAAGGACCUGAUAGGCUUUGGACUUCAGGUUGCCAAGGGGAUGGAAUAUUUGGCGCAGAAGAAGUUCGUGCACAGAGACUUAGCUGCUCGUAACUGCAUGCUGGAUGAGUCGUACACUGUGAAGGUAGCAGACUUCGGCAUGGCUCGCGACGUGUUCGAUAAGGAGUACUACAGCAUCCAGGACCACAGAAAAGCUAAGCUGCCUGUCAAAUGGAUGGCCAUCGAGAGCCUGCAGACGCAAAAAUUCACAUCCAAAUCUGACGUGUGGUCCUUCGGGGUUCUGAUGUGGGAGUUAUUGACACGAGGCGGGAGCCCUUACCCAGAGGUCGACCCCUACGACAUCACACAUUACCUCUUAAAGGGGCGGAGACUUCCUCAGCCACAGUAUUGUCCUGAUCUCCUGUUUGCUAUCAUGCUGCAGUGCUGGGAUCCGGACCUGGAGCUGAGACCCAGCUUCUCCACGCUAGUAUCUGAGGUCACAGGCAUCCUCUCAGGCCUCGAGGGGGAGCACUACAUCAGCCUGAAAGUGACGUACGUGAACCUGGACCAGCCACGCCCUUACCCCGCCCUAACGGACUCCGCGGACGAGUGCGAGUCCUCGGGCGAAGAUGAAGCGGCUUUAACCAGCACGUGACCGCCUGCGUGUGCCGUCGCUCAUAGAGAAGGUGCUAAAGACGUCAAACCAGAGUCAGUCGUUUAUUUAUUUAUUACGUAGCAGCAGUUCUGUGGCGUAAAGUUGUGAACGAAUUCGCUUGCAGGAAAGGAUUUCUGAGCACAGAAAAAAGUGCACACUGUACGAGUUCAGCCCCCAAAAAUAUUUUCAAGAGUGAAGCCAAAUCAGAACAUGUGCCAGCGUUAGAGAUUAUAGAAUAGCAAUGGUUAUUAGCAGGGUUUGGUUAAUUAAAAGCAUAAAUAAAAAAAUAAAAAAGGGUGAGUUCAGAUAUUAGCAACAAAUGAGGAAGAGGAGGAUUCCACAUCAAUACAUUAAGUCUUUAAAAUGACAGCUUGUGAUGAAAAAUGUGAAGUCCUCAGUCCUGCAGCAAAGCCCACAACGUUCAGCAUAUGUUUUACUGCUCUAAAGUGUCAGAACAAGUUUCACUAUUCUAGUAAAACUAGGAGGCAGAAAGCCCACACUGGACUAUUUAAAACCCAAUUUUCCACCAUUUGUUCAUUGUAAGUCUAACUAAAUGUGUUCCUAGACAGUCUGGCCAAAUUUAGCAACAUGAGAGAAAAGCAUUCAGUGCCAAAUGUGAGCAGGAGGGAAGAGAAAUUAGCCAUGCUGUCUGGGUGGGAGGAGCUUACUGUCUCUCUCCUCCAUCAAUCCCGUUGACCUGAAUCUAAUAGUGAGCAUUGAAAGCCACUUCUGCCCAAUGCUGUAAUUGUAAAAUGUAAAUGUCUGAGCGUUCAUGGAUGAGACUCAAAAGGGAAUUCGUCCUCAUCCGAAUGACCGUUCGUUAUAAUUUCAAUAGUUCCAUCGAUUGUUGCCAUGACUCAUGUGAGCGGUAGCUUUUUGAUUCGACACGUCGCUAAUCAAAACCUGAAAAGAAUCAUUUUAUGGUAAAAUUGAAAUUUAAUACCGAGCCACGAGUUUGAUCACGUUUUUUUGAGUCAGUGUAAAUCUCUUCAAAACAGAAUCUAUCGAGCACCUAGAACGUGUGAGUCAGAUCAGCGCACUGGAGCUGAGAAGACGCUGAGCUGGCAGUGGACUGGCAGAGUUAUAAAACACCAGGAUCGCUGUGGGCUGUCGUGUGUGUGUGUGUGUGUGUGUGUGUGUGUGUGUGAGAUAGAAAUGAAACCCUUAUGUAAGAGAGCAGAAUCCUGUUCCUCAGACACACUGAUGUUAGUGAUACUAGUCGAGAUGCUGAAACGUCGAGCUCUCACGAUCGUGUAAACACGCACAUUGGAGUUUUAACGACUGUCGAAUGUAUAGUAGACGACUGUGGUCACAUUUUACUACAGAAAUAUUUUGCUCUGAUAUACUAAUGAGUCUAACUGGUUAGUGUCUUAUUCUAAUCUCUUGAGUGUAAAUCAGCACUGGGGUUUUUGUCAUCAUUAGAAAGCGUUGUGAGCUAUAUAGUGUGUAUAUAUAAAUUCCUGUUGUAGACAUAGAAACGUCAUGGUGUUUUGAUGAAGUGGUUUUGAAUCACGCCUGCACUGCAUCAGCAGGAUUAUACUUUAAUAUACACAAUCACGUUUUUUCACCCACAGUAAGAAAAUAAAGACGCGAUUGUAUUUUAAAUGUAGAGUGAAAAGAAAACGCCAGGUCGUGCUCCAUGUUCUUUUCUCUCACCGUGUACAGUAUAAAUGCACAGAACUAAAUCACAAGCUCAGGAUCCACACCGGAUUGGCAAAAGUAUUGGGACACCUGAAUUUUCCAGCUGUGUGUGGUUCUUUCCCCAAACGAUUCAUUUGCAGGCACACAAUUUGGUGAGCUCUGACCUCAACACUAUUGAACACCUUUGUGAUGAAUUGGAACGCUGACUUGCACCACAGGCAUUUUCAUCUCACCUACAUCACUUUACCAACACCCUUGUGGCUGAUUAAGCCUUCACAACACUCACACUCCACUGGAAUGGAAGGUUUGGAAAGCACAUUAUUUUAAGUUUAGGUUUCCACAAACUUUCGUCCAUAUAGUGUAUGUUAGUUAUAUUACGUUACCCAUCACGUUUUUAGCCGAGACUUGACUCUGGAGCUUUCACAUGCCUGAAACAAUGUGUAAAUUGAGUUACCCAUGCGAUAAACAUUUGGCUCAUACGUUUCUAUGUAAUUGUAUGUAUGAAAAAAUAAAGCAGCAUGUAAUUGUUUUAGAUUUCUGAGGUUUUAUAAAACACAAGAUAGCGUCACAGUAAUUUAUUUCACUGGCUUUUAAUUUAAAAAGUUCUCUGAACUGUAUAUAAUUGUACCACGGUUAAUAGCAUUUGUUUAAAUAAAAAGA